UCCAAAACAAGUUUCCAUUUGGAGCUUUCCUUCUCGCAGGCUCCAUCCUCUGUUAUUGAACUCCAACCAGAGAGUAGCUCAACAAAUAAGCAUCUGAUAAAGAAAUCAAUAUGGGUAAUGUUCUUCGGUUUCUUUAUGGAAAAUGCUGUAGACCCACAACCUCCGAUGAAUCGCUUGGACCCCAUGGUGUAUCAGCUUCCACUGUUGGUGUUUCAGCCCUUGCCCGUGAUCUCUUUCAAUUCGAAAUCACGUCGCAGGUUCCCGAGGGACUUAGCAGACAUGUUGUGUCCUCUAAGAAGGCUCAGGCUAACUGGUAUAGAAAACUGGUAGAGGCAUGGAGAGAAUCAAAACCACCUCCGCGAACACCUGAAGAAGCUGCUAGGCUUGUUAUUGGCACCUUGAAGAGGCACCAGAAGGCAGAUAUUGAGGGAUUGUUGACUUUCUAUGGUCUCCCUCUUCCCCAUACCCUAGUUGAACUCUCUACAGUGGUUCCUACAUCAUUGCCAGAAGAAGUGCAGUUCGAGUUGCAGACUCUUCCGGUUGAUGCAAAGGCUGUAGCAGAUGGAGAUACAAUCACUGUGUAUGUCAGCACUGCAGAUUCCAGAGAAUCGACUAUCGUUCCUAGUAACGUGCAGUUGGCAGCUGUUGAAAGAACAAGAGCAAGAGCAGCCAAGAACUAUGCAAAAGCAGACAUGAUUCAUAAGGAGAUUAUCGAAUCUGGAUACCGGGUGUUAAAUCUCCAAAAUGAAGAGAUCCUUGCAAGAAAGUAUAGGAUUCGACUACGAGGAAUUGAUGCCCCGGAGAGUUCAAUGCCAUAUGGAAAAGAGGCUAAGGAGGAGCUAACUAAGAUUGUUCAAGGGAAGUGUUUGAGAGUUCUGGUUUAUGGGCAAGAUCGAUAUGGUCGAUGUGUGGGUGAUAUCUACUGUAAUAAAGUGUUUGCACAGGAAGCAAUGCUGAAGAAAGGUUGUGCAUGGCAUUACACAGCCUAUGAUCAGAGGACUGCACUUGCAACAUGGGAAAAAGAGGCUCGGGCAAAGCGAGUUGGCUUGUGGGCUUUGUCAAAUCCUGAGAAGCCAUGGGAAUGGAGAAAGGCAAGACGAGAAUGCAGAUGAUAUCUUCUGAAGUUUUAGCUUCUUGGUAUAUGAUGAUGAAGUAAUUGAGUCGUUGUAUAAAGAACAUAACCAAAAGGAAGGUAUGACAAUAGGACAUUUGUAACACAUUUAUCAUUGUAUUAAAAUGAUUUGAAAAUCUUAUUUAUUCGGUUCUUUAACCGCGUUAAAUUUAAUUAAAUUACACUAAA